AUGCGCAUGCACAGCAGAGAGACAACUCUUUGCAAAAAGGAGCUGCAAGUUAUUCAAGAGGGGAUAGCAACAGCAACAUAUGACGCCCUUUGCCCAGCCGUCUUGGCUUGCAACAGCGUACAAGACCUCUCAGACAUAAGGGAUACGCUGCUGCUGGAGAUGAUAGCCUUGCAAAGCGCCCCACAAGACUCUGCUGCGCUGCUGCACAAGUUGGAUCAGCUGGUUCUGGAUAUUGAAGAGCGUCUCUUCUUCCGCGUUGAAAUUGCUGUAGAAGAAAUGCGCAGAUAUACACCCGGCCCUCAACAACUGACGCGGGAUUCGCUGCUGCAGCAAACAUAUCCACCAGUGCUGCAGUGCCUUCACUUGGUGCUGCUGCUGCAGCAGCGCCGCAUUGGGGACGGAAGCGGAGACUCUCCCCCAGCAGCAGCAGCAGCAGCAACAGCAGCAGCAGCAGCAGCAGCAGCAGCAGAUCCCUUUGAUGCCGCAUGCAGCGAUGUUUUAGCUGCGUGUCUCUCUUCUCUUGACUCUGCAGCACGAGCAAUUGCUGCUGCUGGUUUGUCUCUGCUGCCCCCAGCAGCAGAUGCUCCCCCAAACAACGUUGAGGUGACGCUGUUGGUGAGUUUGUUCCUCAUUAAGAACCUGACCUUUCUGCAGUAA